AUGCUUGAGGCAAAAAUCAAGCAGCAAUUGUAUCAGAAGAAAUUUGACUCGAGGUUCGGAUGCGCCGUUCAGGGGCGCCGGUGCCCCUCAGUGGACCUUGGAGGCUUCAUCCAAAAGCCCGAUUUGCAGCAAGCACUUGUCAGGCCCACAAAGGAGCGACUCCGUGCCAAUGAUGACGCGUGGCUGGCUACUUCUGAACAGUACUUUAAAGGUACGAGCUUGUACAAGGUUCCGCCUCAUGGGUCUUAUGCAAGCGAGGCUCCAGAAGCAAACGCCUUGCAGCGGAAUAGACAGAGGCCCAACCACCCCCUUGUAAUCACCAAUCAAGACCCGUCUCCCCUGGCACUCCUGGUCAGCGCCCCUGGCUUGCACUGCGAGUCGCGGGCGCGGGCCAGCUUUUAG